UUACAUUGUUUCGGUAGCGAAUGAUUUUUGCUAUGAUAAAAUAUUUUAAACGUGAUUCAAAUAGUGUUUUUUUUUAUUUAUUACAUUACAGCUUCAUUUUUUGGUGCAUAAUCGGUGUUUUACAAACCGUCACACAAAGCAUGCAAAGAGUUUUCAUGACAACGUUGGAUGAUGUAAAAAAAUGAUAAGUUGACACAUACUGCAUCCAUGUGUACUGGUUUUUUAGAAUCUAUUAAUAAGCGUUUAAAUUGUUGUGUUAUAUUUUGCUACAUAUCGGUUUAUUGCACUUUAUCAAUUUUACAUAAAAAUUUGCUUCAAAACAUGCAAUACCUGACCUAUAGAACGUAAACAGAUCACUACUUCCGGCAAAUAGCAACUGUCUUCAACCAAAAUAUUGGGUCACUGGGAGUAUUUAGCAAGGACCGGAUUUGUACUGCACCUUUUGUCUAAGUUGCGGGCUUAAACAUGAGCAAAGUGAAGCCGAUUGAAAAUAAGGAAAUAGUGCAAGCGAUCGUUAUAGCCGAUUCGUACAAUGUCAAUUUUGAACCAUUUACAAGCAGAAAGCCAUUGGCUUUGCUUCCGGUUGCGAACGUACCACUCAUCGAGUAUACGCUCGAAUCCCUCAACCGGAAUGGAGUUGAGGAGGUGAUAGUGUUCUGCAGCAACCAUAUCGAUCAGGUGAAGCGCUAUAUACACCAGCGCCAGAUAGACCGGUGUACCUGGUCCAUCAAUAUGAAGGUGUCGAUUAUUAGUUCGGAAUCGUGUCGCAGUAUCGGUGAAGCAAUACGCGACUUGGACGCCCGGAACACGAUCCGUGGCAAUGUGUUGCUGCUCGGAGUGGAUAGUUUAACGAACGCAAACCUGGCCGCACUGCUGGACGAGCACAAGCGACUGUCGAAGCUGGACCGGGGUGCGGUCAUGACGGUAGUGUAUAAGGAGGGCCUGCGAAAGAUGCGCACCGGCAACGAGGUUUUGAUAGCGAUGGAACCGACGACACGUCGUCUGCUAUACCAUCAGCGAUUGACACAGCAAGAAAGGGAGCGUACGUUCGAGGUACCGCUGGAACUGUUUCUCACCAAUCGGGAUGUGGCCGUGUGUUAUGGGUUGCUCGAUCCACAGAUUGCCGUCUGUAGCCAUGCCGCGCUACCACUGUUUGCGGACAACUUUGACUUUCUGACGCGGGACGAUUUCGUGCGAGGUGUGCUGAUCAAUGAGGAAAUUCUUAACAGCCGUAUCUACGUGGCAAAGCUGGCGAGGGAAGAGUACGCGAUGCGGGUGAACAACUGGCAGAGCUUUCAUCUGGUUAACUUGGAUGUGAUUAAUCGUUGGCUGUACCCGUUGGUGCCGGAUACGGCGAUUAGCGAGUUUCGGCAGCAGUAUAAACACUUUCGGAACAAUAUCUACCGCCAUCGGAACGUGCGCUUGAGCAGAUCUUGUGAGCUGGACGGUGAUCUGGUGGUGGGUGAGGAGAGUGAAAUCUGUGAGGGUACCUACCUGCGGCAGUCGGUUGUUGGGCGCGGAUGCAGAAUCGGCCGUAACUGUAGGAUCGUGAACAGUUUCCUGAUGGAGGGAGCGGUCGUCGGGGAUGGUACCGUCCUUAAUCACUGUAUUUUGGAGAGGGGUGUAACUGUCGGUGAGGGAUGUACCAUCAAUCCCGGUACGGUGCUGGGUGAGGGCGUUGAGAUACCGAACCGGUUGGUUGUGACGGGAUUGUUGCUGCAAGCGAGCAAACCAAGCGAUGAUGAGUGGGCUGCUCCGGUACAGAAAAUUGCCGACCACGCAUACACCAUACCGGUGGUGGACGAGGACGAUAGUGACUCGGAGGAGGAGGAUGAAAAGACGGGACAACCUGUACUGAAUCAACCGAUGAUGAUUGCACCACUACCGGAGCGUUAUGCACCCUCCGUGUACGAACCGUCGGAUGAUGAGUGCGAGAGUGGACCGGCGUCACCGGUACCGGAGGAUGCUAACAUCUUCCUGUCCGAGGUGAUUGAAUCGCUCAAACGGGGCCUGUCCGAUCGUACCAAUGCCGAGUAUCUGAUACUGGAAAUCAACUCAUCCCGGUACGCCUACAACAUGGCACUGUGUGAGGUUAACUAUUACGUGGUAAAGGCGAUACUACAGAUCAUGCUGCAGCAGGACGGUGUUGCGACUAAUACGGUCGGUACGUUACGCCGGCUACUCGCCUACUUCGGUGUCGUCUUUCGGAACUACAUCCGUGACCGGGACGCGAUGAUGGACUGCCUGAAAGCGUUCGAGGAGAUGUGUCCCGCGAAUGAAACGCUACGAACGAAAAUAGCCCAGCUGGUGCACUAUCUGUACGAGCAGGAUCUGAUCAGCGAGGAGGUUAUUAUCGAGUGGUACGAUGCGUUGGAAGAUGAAACGAUCAAAACGAUCCUUUCCAAGCUUGUUCAAUGGUUGCAGGAGUCUAGCGAAGAGGAGGAGGAAGAGGAAGAUGAGGAUUAAGUUUCGUUCAUGUUCAUUAGAUAGUCGAUAAACAUCGGCGGUGUUUAUCACGGCGGCCGCCCUCAUUGUGAAGAAGGUGAAGUUGUUACAAAAAGUGUGUUCUCCAUCUAUUUUGCUACCAGUUUCUAUAGCAGUAUCCCUUCAAAUUUUACACGUAAAAAAAUGUGCAAUUUAAAAAUUUACAAAUUAAAUACAAAGCAUUAAUGCAUUGAGUAGCAAACAGAUGAACUUCAACCAAACUACAUUUAUCUUACUAUGUGUCUAGAAAAAAAAGUAAUACAGUGAAAUUCCUCAUAAUGAGUACUGGGUUUUCCUUACUUUUGAGCAAAUCUAAAUGUUGCGAACAUAUUUGUUUCAACGAUUAAAAUCACGCAUAAUAAGUAUAUAGCUUUUCGGAAACUUUUUUUUGCUGCUCAAUGUGAAAGUCGUUGAACAUUGAAAUUUUUUUGACCUGAUACGGAAUGUUUCGAAGCACCAGACAACUUGUGGCGUUGGCCAAUAGUUUAGGAAUAGUUUAGAAGUACCAAUAUUAUUAAAAUCUGUUAAAAGGGAAUCCUAAUAGUUAUACAAUAAUCAUGAAUCGAAAAUAAUAACAACAAAGAGCAUCUAACGAAA